ACUUCGUAAAAAGAUAUUGGUUAUUGAAGCGCGACAGACGAACAGUUACGUUGUAGAGCAUCGAAAAUUGUUUAUCAAAUGGCUACUGUGAUUAAUAUUACAGUUAAACAACAACUGGAACAGAUUUUGCAAGAGGCAAAACAUGGUCCAUCAAUUGUAGUGAUAGAUUUUUAUGCCUCAUGGUGUCAUCCUUGUUCUGAAAUCGCUCCCGUUUUCCAGCAGUUGAGUACUGAAUACACAAAUAUGAAGUUUGUUAAAAUUGACGUUGAUAAAUUUCAGGAUAUUGCUGAACGAUACGAUGUUCGGUCGUUGCCUACAUUUUUAUUUUUCCGUGGGAAUAAGCAAAUCGACCGUCUAAUGGGUGCAGCGCCACAAAAAUUAAGAGACAAAGUUCAAGAACUUACUAGUUCUACUGCUUUAGACUCACAUGAAAGCGGUUCUGAAAAAGGCUCACAGUCUUCUAAACAAUUUGAUCUGGAUACACUAUUGUCAAAAAGUCAGUGUGAGUGUUUAAAUGAAGAUGAUUCACAUUCACUGUCCCAACUGUUGAACUCAACUGAUGAUUUGAACGCUUAUCUGCUCUCAGACACAGACGAACAACUCAUCAUAUAUGUCACAUUUUCCCAAUUUGUUCGAAUUCAAGCAAUACAGAUCAAUGGACCUCAAGAAAAUGGUCCUAGAAUAGUGAAACUUUUUAUCAAUCAAAUAUCAACGCCUGAUUUUGACAGCUGUGAGGUUGGUGAGGCUGUACAGACGUUAGAGCUAACUGAAGACGAUCUUAAAGAAGGUGGAAUAACUCAACUGAAUUUUGUAAAAUUUCAAAAUGUCAACACUAUAACAGUGCCUCAAUAGGACCUAGCCUUUCUAUGAUGCGGACAGUCGGCAAGUGUUAAUCACUCUCACAACUCUGUCAGCUAUCAAGUUCCCAUUCUUUUCUGACCAUCAUAGCGAAACCAGAACAACUAUUUGUAAAGAAUAUAAUAAAUUCAGUGUAUUUCGAUGCAUCUGCGUCACUUCGGUGUGUUUAUGGGGUUAAUGAUUGAAGAAUGAAUACAUGAUAAUUCUUGGAAAUGGAAAAUAUAUAAGGUUACGCUAUAAUGGGAAUAGUGAAAUUUGUUUAUUACGUAGUUUACUUCGUAUUAACUAGUGGGAAUGCAACAAUACAAUUUCAGCUGUCUCUGUGGCACUACACAUUAUUGUUGUAACCAAAACAUAAUCUUAGGUUUUUAAGCAUACAGAGUGUUUUAUUAGAAAGAAUGAAGUCAACAUAUACCAUUUUAGCCGACAGGGAGAUUUGUCUAUGCGGAUAGAUAAUGCCAGAACAUAAGAGUGUAUGUAGACUAUAUGAUUGGAUUCGUCAAAAUGCUAGAGACCAGUUAUUGAAGUCUCUGGAUGAUGUACUGAAAAUCUGCCACCAGGGAAGAGAUAUACUACUUUUCAGUAACUUUUGUUUAUAUACUCCAUCUCCUUUCACGUUUCCUUUUCUGUUCAUUAAGUACAGUUGUGAAAGUUGGGCAACUUGAGAUUGUAAUGGAUUCCUGCGCAGGGCUAUGUUGUGGCCUGCGAUCUGUUCGAGUAUAC